UCUGGCCUACUGCCUGGCGAUGUCAUAGUUGCCAUAAACGACUCUCCGAUUAGCAACGCUGGUCAGGUCUUCAGCGCCGUCCUCAAGCAUGACCAUCUUUCCAUAACCAUCAUUCGUAAGGGUCAGAAAAUCACGGUGAAGGAUGUGGUGCCCGAGUCUGUAUAG